AUGAGUGCUGUGGGGGGGUGGGAAGCAGCAGGAGAGGGACAAGUGGGGGACGUGGGGACGUUGGGGGAGGCGGAAGCGGGGAGCCGGCGGGCGGAGGAGAGGCUCGAGGCAUUCCAAAGGACAGCGGCGGCUGCCGUGACGGCGGAGGAGGUGGGCGCGCUUGAGCGCGCGUACCAGGCGGAGUGGGCGCGGAGCAUGCGGGAGAGCGAGGCGCGACAGGCGCGACUUCUGGACGAGCUGGUGGGCGCGCGCAUGGCGCUGGCGGAGAGAGAGGAGGCGCUGGAGCGCGCGCGGGAGAGAGUCGCGGGGGGGGAAGCGGCGGAGAGCAAGGGCCGGGAGGAGGAAGGCGGAGAAGAGGCAGGGAAGGGGGAGGACGGGGCGGUAGGUAAGGGGAGUCGGGCAGGGGGCAAGGUGAAGGGGAGGAAGGGGAAGGGCGCGGCAGGGGCAGGGGGGGACGAGGGGGCAGGCAGCGUGCGCGCGUGCAGGCGGGCCGUGGAGGCGGCGCAGCGGCGCGCUGACGAGGCGGCGGCGGCAGUGGUGGCAGCAGGGCAGCAGGCGGAGGGGUGGCUGGCGCUCAUGUGGGAGGCACUGGGGGAGGCGAAGAGGAGGGUCCAUGGGGAGGUGGCAGGGGGCGCGAGCGCGGAGGGGGAGGGUGGCGAGGGGGAAGCGGGGAGGGGAGUGGCGACGAUGGGGGGUGCGAUGGCGGUGGCGGGCAGGGACGUGCGCGAGUGCCUUGACCACCCCGGUCGGGUGCCUGCUGUGCUGCUCCGGUCGCUCAGACGCGCCGUGGGGGGUGGAGACCCCGCCGCCCCCACUGCGGCGGCUGCUGCUGGUGGUGAUGCUGGGCAGGGGGCGGAGGAGGCAGGGACAGAAGGGGCAGGGGGCGAGGGGGGCGUGAAGGCGCUGAGUGCGGCGGAGGAGGCAGCAGCGCAUGCUCAGGUGCUGGCGUGGCACAAGUGGGCGGCGGAACAGCGGGCGGCGGCAAAGAAGCAGAUUGUGAGCAGCCGAGGCAAGGCCAAGGCGUUUGCUGCUGACAAGCAGGUCACCGCGUGCACGCCCUCUCGCAAAUCUUCCUUUCUCAUUUCCCCCCUGCCCUGCGCCCAACGCCAUGCUCCCCCAUGCGGCACGCGCAUGCAGGCGGAGGUGCUGGCAGCGCGCGACCGGGUGAUGGGGGAGGCCACGCUCAACACCGCCGUCACCUCGCCGCUGCUGGGCGGAGGGCCUGAGGGGCGGUGGGAGCUCACAGCAGCGGGGCUGUGGGAGGCGCUGUCGCACUCGCUGCUGUCGUCCGUCUCGCUGCGCCACGACCGCCGUGCCGCCCUGCUGCGCCUCAAGGCCGACCCGCGCCUCUUCUUCGUCGACCUCUCCGCGUGGGACAGCUGGCGCCACGCCACUGGCGGCACGGACGAGCUGCUGCUGCGCCUGCGGGCGGCGGGCGUGCCGACGCGCGUGGAGGUGAUGUGGGUGCCGGUGAGGGAGUGGGACCCCGCCUCGCUCUACACGCUGCCGGCGCGCAUGGUGGGGCACGCGGCGCACUCGCUGUCCUCAGCAGGGCCGGUGCGGGUGGCGCUGCAGUGGUACGUGGGCACGGCGGGCGAGGCGGCGGAGGAGACGUUUUUCCGCUUCGUGUGGCCGGCCAUGCCGCGCGCGCUCAAGGCGCUGCUGAAGCUGGACUACUCCGAGGGCGCGGCGGCGGGCGACGUGGUGGCGCUGGAGCGCAUGGGGUGGCUGGCCGCCGCUGAGAGGCGCUUCGCGAAGCGCAGCAGCAUGGCGGGCAGGUGGGCGUGGUGGCUCGUGCUGCCCGCCAAGGCCGCUGUCGCGCUCUUCCCCCUGCGCUGGGCCGCCCUCCCCGCCGCUGCCCUGGCGCAGCGCCUGCUGGUGGGCGCACCGGGGCCGGAGAGUGAGACGGCGUACAAGACACGGCUGGGGAAGGAGCUGCUGCGGCGCGUGGGCAAGCAGGAGGAGGACGAGGAGAAGGCGAAGAAGGAGAAGAAGGUCAAGGACUCCAUCCGAGAGGCCUUCGACCGCAUGAAGCGAGUGCGGAGGCCGGCGGUGCGGCUGAGUGAUUUCGCGGGGAUGGAUGCGGUGAAGGAGGAGGUGCAGGAGGUGAUCACCUUCCUGCGCGACCCCUCCUCCUUCCAACGCCUCGGCGCCCGCCCACCCCGGGGCGUGCUGAUAACGGGGGGCUCGGGCGUGGGCAAGAGCAGCUUGGCGCUGGCGAUAGCGGCGGAGGCGAGGGUGCCGGUGGUGGACAUCAAGUCCAGCGAUGUCGACCCGGGGGGGUUCGUCGGCCAGGGCGCCGCCAACGUGCGCGAGCUCUUCAAGAUGGCCAGGGACAUGGCGCCCAUGCUGAUCCUGAUGGAGGACUUUGAGGAGAUAGGCGGGGUGCGCGGGGCGGCCAUGGACACGCGCCUGCAGGACAAGGAGGCCAUCAUCAACCAGCUGCUCGUUGAACUCGAUGGGUUUGAGACACAGGAGGGCGUGGUGCUGCUGGCAAUCACUGACAAUCCAGCUGCUGUGGACCCAGCGCUGCGCAGGCCGGGGCGCAUGGACCGGGUGAUCGAGGUGCCGCUGCCGACGGCGGGCGAGAGGGAGAAGAUUCUGCGCCGCGCCGCCGCCGCCUCCAUGGACCCCCGCUUCCUUGACGCCGUUGACUGGCGCUUCGUGGCGGAGCAGACGGGGGGCCUGAAGCCGACGGACCUGAGGGGCAUGCCGCGGCGCAUCCUGCUGGCCGCUGGCACUGACAAGUUCUGUGAUGAGGACGAGCUGGCGGGCACUCUCAGCAUGCUGGAGCUGUACCACUGGGUGGUGCCUGCGCUGCUGCGGCGCGUGCCGGUGCUGCAGCGGUGGGAGAGCGGCGUGGUGGAGCGGCUGGGGCUGGAGCUGACCGCGGGGGACGUGCAGCGAGUGGUGGCGGACAUUGACUUCUCCUCGCUCACCCACCUCGGCAUGGACCUCACCCUCCCCGACACCGCCAAGUGGGAUCGUGCUGAGAAGCUUCCGCAUGCGGUGUGGGCAGCAGGGAGGGGCGUGCUGGCGGCGCUGCUGCCGAGCUUUGACCGCGUCGACAACAUCUGGCUCAACCCCAACAGCUGGGAGGGCGUGGGGUUCACGCGCUUCACGCGUGCCGCCGACGGCUCGCUGGGCGGGGCGGACGGCGGUGCGGAGGCGGGGGGCGGCGUCGUGGUGAGUCGCGCGUACACGGAGCAGAGCCUGGUGGCGCUCUUCGGCUCGCACAUCGCCGCCGCGCUGCUGCUGCCCUGGGGGCACUCCAACAACCUCGCCACCCCGCAGCUGCAGCAGGCCUACCAGCUGGCGGAGCGCAUGGUCAUGGAGUGGGGCUGGGGACCCGACGACUCUCCCUUCAUCUUCCAAACCCACACUGCGCACAAGAGUCUGGCGUUGGGGCGAAGGCAGGAGGCGGAGCUGAAGCAAAGGGUGCAGCAGCUGCACGAUGCGGCGUUUGAGCGCGCGCACGCGCUGCUGGCGCGCAACCGGCGCACGCUGCAGGCCGUGGUGGACGCCCUCUGCACGCACGACGCCGUCGACCGCCAGGAACUGCUGCGCAUCAUGGCAGACACAUCAGCCGUGCCGGAGAACGAGCCAUUUGAGCUUUUCCCUUACAGCCACCCCACGCACAGGGCUGGCAUACACUUAGCUGCACGUACACAGGCCGGCAGGCUUGCUGCACUCAGCACCAACCUGCCCCAAGGAAUUCUGCCUGCGGAGGCAUCUGCCAAGUGA